GCUUUACCUAACAGAUGCAGAGGUGACAGCAUCUCAAAUAUUUCCCUGCUGCUCUACAUCUCGUCUGACGCGCAGCAGUUGCCGUUUUCUUCUCGUGAAUCAAGGUUUUGGGCUCACUGGAUGCAGAGAGAAUCUGAACACGUGAACUUCUAGAUGGUUGUAUGAUGAGGACAACAUAUUAUCAUGCUUAAAUAAUAAUCAACAUUAUCAGCAUCUCAUAGAUGCAAAGUUGAAUCGCAUACGACAAAAAGAAACAGAGAUGUUGAAGGUAUUGGGAAUUUCGCCCAGUGGUGGUCGUCUGUAAGAGGAGGGUUUAAUCAGGGUCGUUAUACGCCCCUUUAAUGCAAGUUUCCAUGGAGGACGGAUCUAUCAGGAGGACAUUACCGUCGGAAGUCCUUCACGGACACUUCGCAGUGGCUUUUGUUAAAAAUGUGCGGCGCUUGGUUCGCCAGUAACACGGUUAUUUACAAUGAUGGGACCGCGCAGCCAGUCUCAGGCAGAGCCAAGCAUGACUCCGCCACGAUGCUCACCCUCCGCUGCUGACAGGUUGCCUACGGAGACUGUUCAGAGGAAUAACAGCAGUAAUACUGGUGUUAUUCUGGACAUUUCCACCCUGAAAAUGGCCGAUGUGGACUCUGAGGUUCCUCCUCUACCUCCACGAUACCGCUUUAGAGAUCUGCUGCUUGGGGAUCAAUCAUUUCAGAAUGAUGACAGGGUUCAGGUGGAAUUUUAUGUAAAUGAAAACACAUUCAAGGAGAGGUUGAAGCUCUUUUUCAUCAAAAACCAAAGGUCAAGUCUCAGAAUACGCCUCUUCAACCUCUCCUUGAAGUUGUUAACAUGCCUCCUCUAUAUAAUCAGAGUCUCACUAGAUGAUCCAUCUAACCAGGUCGCAUGUGCACGGAAACACUGCACAAACAUCACAGAUGCCCUUUGCAGCAAAACCUGUGCAAACUACACAACAAACCUGACCACAGAUCCCACGCAAAUAAACUGGGAGUUAAUAUUUUGGGUGAAUAGGAGAGUUCCUGUAUGGGCAAUACAGGUGACAGUGGCCUUAAUUAGCUUCUUGCAAGCAAUGCUCCUGGUGUAUCUCAGCUACAAGGGGAACAUUUGGGAGCAGAUUUUCCAAAUCUCCUUCAUCAUUGAGAUGAUCAAUACAGUGCCAUUUAUAAUUACAAUCUUUUGGCCUCCGCUAAGAAACAUUUUUGUUCCUGUGUUUCUUAAUUGUUGGCUUGCCAAAUCAGCGCUGGAGAAUAUGAUUAAUGAUCUCCAUCGUGCCAUUCAGCGCACACACUCUGCCAUGUUCAACCAGGUCCUCAUUCUGAUCUGCACACUUCUCUGUCUGGUCUUCACUGGGGCUUGUGGGAUUCAGCACCUCGAGCGGGCAGGAAAGAGUCUCACCCUCUUUGACUCUUUAUAUUUCUGCAUCGUCACCUUCUCGACUGUUGGUUAUGGAGACGUCACACCCAAAAUCUGGCCCUCUCAGCUACUGGUGGUCAUCAUGAUCUGUGUGGCUCUGGUGGUGCUGCCAUUACAGUUUGAGGAGUUGGCAUAUCUUUGGAUGGAGAGGCAGAAGUCAGGUGGAAACUACAGCAGACAUCGUGCUCAGACAGAGAAACAUGUGGUUCUAUGUGUCACUUCACUCAAGAUAGACUUGCUAAUGGAUUUCCUCAAUGAGUUCUAUGCCCACCCGAGACUACAGGAUUAUUAUGUGGUGAUACUCUGUCCCACGGAGAUGGACAUCCAGGUGCGGCGUAUACUGCAGAUCCCGCUGUGGUCUCAACGGGUCAUCUACCUCCAAGGCUCUGCACUGAAGGACCAAGACCUGAUGAGGGCCAAGAUGGACGAUGCAGAGGCGUGCUUCAUCCUCAGCAGCAGAAAUGAAGUGGACCGCACCGCAGCUGAUCAUCAAACCAUUCUGCGAGCUUGGGCUGUGAAGGACUUUGCUCCAAACUGUCCUCUAUAUGUCCAGAUUCUUAAACCUGAGAACAAAUUCCAUGUCAAAUUUGCAGGUAUGUUUUGUUUUCCAGAUCAUGUGGUGUGUGAAGAGGAGUUCAAGUAUGCCAUGCUGGCCCUCAACUGUGUGUGUCCAGCCACCUCUACACUGGUCACACUGCUGGUACACACGUCUCGUGGACAGGAGGGACAGACAUCUCCAGAACAGUGGCAGAGGACGUAUGGCCGUUGCUCGGGGAAUGAAGUUUACCACAUACGUUUGAUGGACAGCAAGUUCUUUGGCGAAUAUGACGGGAAGAGUUUUACUUACGCCUCCUUCCAUGCACAUAAAAAGUACGGUGUCUGCCUAAUUGGCACGAAAAGAGAAGACAAUAAGAGCAUACUGCUGAACCCCGGUCCUCGCCACAUCAUGUCUGCCACAGACACCUGCUACUACAUUAACAUCACUAAGGAGGAGAACUCUGCCUUCAUCUUCAAACAGGAGGAAAAGCACAGCAAAGGGCUGUCGGCCACCGGCGUGUAUGACGCUCCCUCUCGUCUCCCGGUGCAAAGCAUCAUCGCAAGCAUGGUUGAUCAGUCUACUUCAUAUGGAACUGUGGCAAUUGACCUGCAGAAUCCAGAUCCCCCGGCUGACAGCAGUAAACUGGCUCUGCCCACGGAGAACGGAGCUGGGAGUCGUAGACCCAGCAUUGCCCCUGUGCUGGAGAUCGCCGAUUCUUCUGCCAUCCUGCCUUGUGAUCUUCUCAGUGACCCCUCAGAAGAUGAGACCAACCAAUCAGAUGAGGAAGGAGCACUGGCCUUAGAGUGUAUUAAAGGCUACCCUCCAAACUCCCCUUACAUUGGAAGCUCCCCAACUCUUUGCCACCUUCUGCAACAAAAGGCGCCAUUUUGUUGUUUACGACUUGACAAGGGUUGUCGACACAAUAGUUUUGAAGAUGCCAAGGCGUAUGGUUUCAAAAACAAGUUGAUUAUCGUUUCUGCUGAGACAGCGGGAAACGGCUUGUACAACUUCAUAGUGCCGCUGCGUGCCUAUUACCGACCUAGGAAGGAGCUGAAUCCCAUUGUGCUGCUGUUGGAUAAUGAGCCUGAUAAUCAUUUUCUUGAGGCCAUCUGCUGUUUCCCUAUGGUGUACUACAUGGCUGGUACCAUAGACAAUUUGGAUAACCUGCUGCAGUGUGGCAUCAUCUAUGCUGAUAACCUGGUGGUGGUGGAUAAAGAGAGCACUAUGAGUGCAGAAGAAGAUUACAUGGCAGACGCUAAAACCAUAGUCAAUGUGCAGACCAUGUUCAGGUUGUUUCCUAGUCUCAGCAUAAUCACUGAGCUAACCCAUCCUUCUAAUAUGAGAUUCAUGCAGUUUCGUGCCAAAGACUGCUACUCCCUGGCUCUCUCCAAACUUGAAAAGAUAGAGAGAGAUAAGGGCUCCAAUCUGGCAUUCAUGUUCCGCCUCCCAUUCGCUGCUGGCAGAGUGUUCAGUAUUAGUAUGCUGGACACUCUCCUUUACCAGUCUUUUGUGAAGGACUAUAUGAUUCUUAUUGCAAGACUCCUGCUGGGUCUAGACACCACCCCGGGCUCUGGCUACCUCUGUGCUAUGAAGGUAACGGAAGAGGACUUAUGGAUCCGGACGUAUGGAAGACUAUUCCAGAAGCUGUGUUCAUCCAGUGCAGAAAUUCCCAUUGGGAUUUACCGCACUGAAUCUCACAUGUUCUCUUCCUCAGAGUUUAAGGAGGUUUGCAAAGAGUCUCAGGUGUCUGUGGAGGACUGUGAGGACCCACGGGACCGCAGGGAAUCCUGGAAAGAGAAAACCGCCCACAGAAACUCCACAGGGAGCGACCAGUCAGAGCACCCACUCCUGCGGAAGAAGAGCAUGCAGUGGGCGAGACGGCUGAGCAGGAAAAACACCAAACCACCCAGUCGAGCUGAACGCAUCAAUCAACAGCGCCUGAACCUGUACCGGCGCUCUGAGAGACAGGAGCUGUCGGAGCUGGUGAAGAACCGCAUGAAGCACUUAGGGCUGCCCACUGUAGGAUACGAGGACGUAGCUAAUUUAACUGCAAGUGAUGUGAUGAACCGAGUAAAUCUAGGAUAUUUGCAAGAUGAAAUGAAUGAUAAUCAGAACACGUUGUCGUAUGUGCUGAUAAACCCUCCUCCGGACACCAUUCUAGAGCUCAAUGACAUUGUCUAUAUCAUCCGCUCAGAUCCGCUGGCACAUGUCCCUGAGAAUCUCCCAGGGGCUCCAGCAGGAGCAAAGCUACGGCAAGACUAUGGAACUGAAACGAGGGACGAGACCCAUCUGUAAGAACUGGAAGUUCUCGUUAACCCUGAUUCUCUCCCUCCUCCGCCUUGAGCUGCUACAAUCUGCAUGAAGAGUGUCAGGACACACAGCCAGCCAAACAACCACACAGACACGACCCAUGUGCCAACACACUCACAACCCAAGCUGCCCAACCAAGCCAAACGGCUGUAAACUGUACCAUUGAAAUGAUUUACAGAUUCCUCUUUUCUACGACACAGACAUGUAGAAUCUCGUGGCACAUUUCAGACUUCUCUGGAUGUGGCUGGUUAUUACAUUUUUGUAUUUUAGACUUGUGUGGAGUGUGGGGUAUGUUGAAUCAUUUUGGACCAAACUGGCUGUCCAAGCACUUUGGAUUUAUAGGGCAGUAUAUAUCAGAAACAGUAGGUAAAGCAGUAUUGAAGAGGGCAGCUAAAGAGAGCAGAAAGAAACAACUAUUACACCAGUCAGCUGACUUGAGUGGACCAGAACAAUGAAUACUGCCCUGUAAUACAUGUGAGGUGUUUCAGUAUGAUAUUGAACAGAAUUAGUUUACAUCAGUGCUAUAUUUUGUAAUUAUAUAGCACAUAUAUAGUACAUAUUUGUACAUAUAUAAGUUAGUCACUUAUUCUUUUACAUGCUCAGUGACCUCUUAGUAUUCACAGUAUUUUGUUGUGAUUUUGUCCUAAAAGCAGUGUUUUAUGUUUAUAAUAUGAAAAGCUAAUCCCAAGCUGAAGCUUUUACAUGCAACUAAACGCCAUGAUGAUUUACUGUAAAUUGUCAGUUAUCACUACACCAGUUUACAUGUGCCGAGAAAAGAACAUAAAGUUCAUCGCCAUAUGAUUUUAAAUUUAUAGCAGAAAAUGGAACCUCUCCUACAGCAAACAUGAAGAUUCACAGGAACUGUACUGCACAAGCCAACUAUGCUUCAUGUGCAUCACAAGUAUUUCAUGGAUCUUGAUUAGGUGUAAGAGAUGCCAAAUGGUACAGUAUAAUAUACACAAAAUCAGCUUUGAAAAAGGUUUGAUGUCAAACAUAUGAAUUGUGUUUGGGUUAUACAAAAGAAAUAUUAUUAAAUGUCAUAUACACUAUUGUUAAACAUUAUUUUUCAGUGACAUUUCUGAAAGCUACCAGGUGUUUUUUGUUCAUUUGUUUUCUCUUUACAACAGCACCUGUACUUUAAAAAGAAAAACAUUAUUUAUUUGAAUUAUUACUUUUUUUGGUGGACAUUGCUCAUUUAAGACAAAUCUAUCUGAUUCUGACUCAAAUAUAUCUAGACACAUGGACAGAUAUAUUAUAGGGUGAAUUUAGGUUGAAUGGGACACAUUUUGCCAUUGAAACGUCUAGGAAAAGUGUCCCAAUAAACCUGAAUUCACCCCUACAUGAUUUGAAGUUGCCGAUUUUAUUGCACGAAGCUCUGUUGACAGAGCAGUACAUAGUAACCCUUUAAACUACACAAGAAAACAUUUUUUAAAUUUACAUUUCACAAUACAUUUUACAUAAAUGAAACCAAUUUAUGAGUUAUUUCAAAGGUGAAAAAAAGAGUUUUAUUCUGGAUAUUUUAUUUUUUGGGGAUUAUAUACAAGACUUUUUUUUUUUUUUUUGCCUUCUGAAUCGAGACAUGCUUCUGUAUUCCAUUGCCCAGUGUCAUUUCUAGCAGAAUAUAUGGAGCGGAGCGAACAUUUAAAUCUAUCAUGAAAAGCUGCUUUUGCUUUUAAUCUUUCUAUUCGUUCAACAGACAGACAUUGAGCAAAGUGGGCAUUCACAUUUUCUGUUCAAAGUAGCUAAAGUUGAAUACCUCUCAUAUAACUCUUACCUGUCUGUCUCCAUAAGGAAAUGUGAUGGAUGACAUUGAGAGUGACAAAACAGGGAAAUCAUUGUAGCUAUUAUGUUUAAAAUAUUUCAGAAUGGUGUAUUAUUCAUGAUGUUUUCUGCCUUAUUUUGCUUCCAUGUAUAGGAAAUCAGUUUAUUUAUUGCUUCUAGCAUAGCUCCAAGACCUGUCAGUAGUAUAUGGGGGUGUUACUAAGGGUUUUACCAACCCUUGACAUGUUACUCAAAAUACUGUACUGUACAUCAGACUGUGUUCAUGUUUUACUGCUUGUGUUACAUUCCGGUCACUGUUCCCCUGUUUCUAGCCAUCAUUUGGAAAGGAUGUGCAUAAUGUGCAUGUUAAAAAUAACAGCCUGCAGAUUUCUUCUAUUUUUACUAGUUCCCUAAGACUUAAAUACGAUAUCUUGAUCAGCUGAUUACAGCUGUUGUAAUUUACAGAAUUUCUUUGUGUUGUUUUUUUUUUUUUUUGGUAGUUAUAGAAAAACAUGGACCAUGCAUGUCCUAAUCUUGCCAAAUGUGUCAGAGACCCAUGUUUACAUUUGCUGGCUCCUGUUUUUGGAUUGUACUGAACAAUACAUGAACUUCUAAAUUUUGUACAAUUUCUUAAAUGAAGUCUGUACUAACAUGUAAGAAUGAAUCAAUAAAUGCUGCAUGCAGCCAGA